UUCUCAGCCCAACAUGGUAUGAGAGCUGGUCAGAGACCAAACUCCCAGCAACUACGAUCUACCUACAAUGAACGGAGAAGCGCCCCGAGAACGACCCGGAGAAGAGCCCGUGGGUGCGGAAGAGCGAUCAAGGCUACCUUCUACUUGGGCAAGCGUUGGGGAGCAGCCAAAUCCGUCACAUCAAGCCUUUUCAGCGUGAACCAGCAAAGGGACCAAAGGCAUGGGCUGCUCUCAAGGGUGUACACGCUCCUGCAACAGCGGCGGUGGCUGUGGUUUUGGAGCGGCAAAUGGCCGCACUUCGAAUUGACGAAGGCGAACUGGCUUGGUGAGCGGAAGCUUUGGGACCUUCACGAGGACAGGGACAUCUACAAUGAGAUGUGGCAAAUCCCAGUGGUCCCCAUGCCUAAGGGGAGGCAAGUGGCAGCAAGCGUCAGCACCAAGAGUGAAGCGGUUGGUGGCGGUGAUCACGGAAAACAAAGUGACACCAAGAGUGACUCGAAGGAGUGCAACCUUGGAGAGACCAGCAAGGCGUGUGAACCCAAGGAGAGUGGUGCAGCAGCCAAAGGUGGUGGAAAUGAGGAGGAGAAGCCUAAGAUCAGCAAAGCAGCAGCGGCGAAGGAGCAAGGAGAGAGCUUGUGGGGCACGAUUGCGAGUGCCGCUUUCUCCAACCCGACUUCCGCUACGGGAGAGUGUGAUUGGCUGACCUUGCAUCGGCGAAUGGGGCAUGUGGCAUUGCCCAUUUUGCAGCAGAUAUUUAAGCAAGAGAUGGUCAGUGGGAUACGUGUCAAGGGGGAGUCCAAUGAGGUGCUUGCCUGUCCAACAUGCAUGCAAGCCAAGUUCACCCGCUACCCGUUCCAUAGCUCGGAGACAACGGCGAAGGCACCACUUGAUGAGGUGGUGAUGGAUGUGGUGGGCCCCUUGAAGCUUGGAGCUGCUGGAGCUGAGUACUUCCUCACCAUUGUGGACGUCUACACUCGCAUGACUUGGGUGUAUGUGCUUCCCAAGAAGAGUGACGUAGCUGAAACGGUGAAGACCGAUUGGUUGCCGAUGGUGGAGCGGCAACAAGACCGGCUUGUGAAGGCGAUUCGCACUGACCGUGGGGGAGAGUUCCUGAGCAAGGACUUCUCAACUUGGCUGAAGAAACAGGGCAUAAGGCACUCUCUCACCAUGCCCUACUCUCCUGCAAUGAACGGCAUCGCCGAGCGUGCGAAUCGGACACUCACGGAGACGGCUCGGGGACUUCUCAUUGAAGCCCAUCUACCCAAUCACUUUUGGCCGGAUGCGGUGCGGCAUGCUUGUGUGGCCAAGAACAGAGCCUUGACUCACGUGGGAGAAGACAAAUGGGUGCCCUAUAUGGAGUGGAUUGGAAGGAAGCCGAAGGUGGAUAUGCUUCGGGUGUUCGGGUGCAUGUGCAUGGCACUUGUGCCUAAGAAACUUCGGCACAACAAGCUUGAUGCCAAGGCAACAUGGGCCGUGCACCUGGGCAUGGCUCAAAACAGCAAGGGAUGGCUUCUUUGGGACCCAUUUACCAAGAAGUUCUUGGUGAGCAGAGAUUGCAAGUUCAUGGAGAACUUACCGUACAAGGAGUGGAAGGCGGAGAAUCAAGCGAAGAUUGGUGUGCGGCUUGGAGAGGUGAAGAGUACCGGCUUGGAGCAUGUGGAGCUGCCCUUGGAGCUGAGUAGCAGCAGCACAAUCACGAGGCAAUCUCCUCAAAUGAAUGGGGAUGCGGAGGAGGAGGAGGUGCAGCAAGAUGAUGAGCGUGCACCGUCACUUCCGCCUCGUGCUACAAGUGCUCGUGGGAACCGACCAGAUUUACCGCAACGCCAUGAGAGCAUUCAAGUCCCUGCAGCAGAGGAGGAAGGAAGGGGGAGAAGGAGGACUCAGCCCCCUAAUAGGUUGAGCUAUGACCGGCUUGGAGGACCAGCCAACUCAACCUUGACCGGUUCGGUUCUCAUGCUAGGCGAUGAUGCGGAAGAUGAAAGCGAGGAGUGUGCCUUUGCCUUCUUCUCUCCGGUGGAGAUGCCGGGGGAGCCUACAAAUCCCAAGGAGGCUUGGGAGGGCCCCAAUGGGAAGGAGUGGAAGAAGGCCUCAGAUGAAGAGAUGGGGAGCAUCAUAGAGAACGACACAUUUGACUUGGUGAACCUACCUCCGGGGCGGAAGGCGAUCUCUUCCAAGUGGCUCUUCAAGCGCAAGACCGACGCCGACGGCAACAUCGAGCGCUACAAGAGCAGACUUGUAGCCAAGGGGUAUCAGCAGCAAGAGAAGAAGGACUACAAUGAAGUGUAUGCCCCUGUGGUGAAGGGUACAACCCUUCGAACCCUCUUCGCCGCGGCGGCCAUCAAAGGAUGGGUGGUGAAGCAAAUGGAUAUAGUAACGGCCUUCCUCAACGGCGUUUUGGAGGAAGAGACCUUCAUGGAGCAGCCAGAGGGGUACAAUGAUGGGAGUGGCAGAGUGUGGAAGCUGAAGAAAGCACUCUAUGGCCUCAAGCAAGCUCCUAGGCAAUGGUACAUCAAGCUGCGGGAAGUCUUGGAGGCGAUCGGCUUCACUCCCUCAACGGCCGAUCAAUCCUUGUUCAUGCUUGGCGAGGGGGAGCAGAGGAGCUUCAUGGUGGUUUAUGUGGAUGACAUCCUCAUAUUCUCACCCUCCUCUGACCUUGUGAAGGAGGUGAUGCUGAAGCUUCAAGACAAGUUCAAGUGCAAGACCCUUGGUGACGUCAACUACUACCUUGGGCUUCACAUUGAGCGAGAUGUGGAGAAGCGGUGGAUGCGAGUGCAUCAAAAGAAGUACUCGGAGGCCUUGGCUGCAAACUUUGGGAAGAGUGAAGGUCAUGUGGCUACUCCUCUUCCCUCAGGGUUCAAGUGUGUGAAAGGACCAGCAGAGGAAAGUGUUGGUGAAGAGGAGAGGCGGCGUUUUCACUCCUUGGUGGGCAGCCUCAUGUAUGCGGCCGUUCACACAAGGCCGGAUGCAGCCUUUGCUACCGGGCAGCUGGCUAGGGUUGUCCAAUGCCCUAAUGAAGAGCAGGUAGCAGCUGGAGAGAGGGUGGCCAAGUACCUUGGCCAAACAGCAACUGUUGGACUGCAAUACUCCGCAGCGGCACAAAGGCGUCAAAAGGGUGCGGAUGGAGUCGAACCCGGGAGGCUCUUUCUCACCGCCUUCUCUGAUGCAUCUUGGGCAUCAGAACCAGAGGACAUGACAAGUGUGGGAGGCUUCAUCUGCUGUGUUGGUGGAGGGCCAACAGCUUGGGAGAGCAAGAAGCAAGUGGACCAAGCAUUGAGCUCGGUGGAGUCCGAGUACAUGGCACUCUUCCGUGCCAUAAGAGAGGUUGUGUGGCAGCGAAGUUUGCUAGCUGAAUUGGGGGAGGAGCAGCAAGGACCUACCCCACUCUACUGUGAUAGCCAGGGUGCUAUUGCAUUGGCUAAGAACCCCGUUCUUCAUGGCCUUACCAAGCACAUGAAGGUGAAGUGGCAUUGGGUGAGGAGCAUGGUAACCGCGGGUGAAGUGGAGUUGCACUACGUGAAGACGACGGCGCAGCCAGCUGAUAUGAUGACCAAGAGGCUGGUUGAGCAGCAGCAUUGGAAGCGUUGCAAGCUUGCUGGGAUGGCUCUGAACUAAGGGGAGCAGAUUCUAAGGCCAACAAUCCGAUGGGGAGUUUGUUGGUGCAACCCUAUGGCUUGCACUCGGCUUGUCGUCCUUGUUUGUGUGUGUGCAUGCAUGGCAUGGAAUGAAUUGUGAGUCUAUAUCAUUGCUAUCCAGUGCUUGUGUGUGUGUUUGAAUGGUGUAUCACAAUGUGGUUUGUGUUGGUCAAGACAUUAGCGAGUUUUUACAACUCGCAUGUCAAGUCGUCGUUUGUGUGUCGCAUGUGUUUUUUCUAUUUUGUUGAGUGUGAAGUGUCCAUCGUGUCGCAGGUGUGUGCAGCAAGCCCCCAUCAACUCAAGAAUAAUUUAUCUUGCAGAUCCAAGAACAAGAGCUCAAGAUUUCAAGCCCAAGGGACGCGGAUAAAUAUUUAAAUAAUGAAGAAGAACUUCCGCCGCCGCGCUCACAAGGACUUCAGACGCGCGAUCAAGCCUUCGACGCCUUCACGACAUGGCUACCCAUCGCCGAACGAGAAUCCGGAACCAAGCUCAAGAGCUUCCAGUCAGACGGUGCACUGGAAU